AUGUCGGACUUGCCAUUCGACAGAGCUGAGGAAGUCGCCCCUUCCACAUACACUGAUGUUGAUGUUUUCGGUCCUUGGCAUGUUACCUCUAGACGCACUCGUGUAGGCCAGGCGUCCUCAAACCGAUGGGCAGUAAUUUUCUCCUGUCAAACUAUUCGGGCUGUGCAUAUAGAGGUCUUAAAUGACAUCUCGUCCAGUAGUUUCAUUAAUGCCCUGCGUACGUUUGUUGCAGUACGUGGUAAGGUCAGACAGUUUCGCUCUGACCGAGGGACCAACUUCGUUGGGGCCACUGACAACAAACAGGUGGAAGCAAUGCCUUCCUCAGGAAGUGAAAUUCUCCAAAAAGAGGGAGGUUUCUACGUUGAAUGUGGAGCUUUGGAUGGCGAGGAAAGCUCAAACUCUCUGUUUUUCGAAAGGGUCCGCAAAUGGAACGGACUGUUGAUUGAGGCCGAUCCAUCAAACUACCAGGAUAUGAAGUCCAAACAUCGAAAGGCUUUCACUAUCAAUGCCUGCUUGAGUAUUGAUCCCUACCCGGCCAUGGUGAAGUUCAACAAAGCGUUAAACAUGGGCCGCAUUGUAGACAACAGCGAAGCGAAAGCGUGGAUCGUUGCAAAUAGGAUGUCGCCGGACGAAGUAUCCAUCCAGUGCUUCCCCUUGUACUCAUUGCUGCUAGCGAUGAACCAGCUCACGGUGGAUUUCUUCAGCCUCGAUGUCGAGGGGGACGAACUUCGCGUUUUGCAGACAAUUCCUUUCGAUUGGACACCUGAAGAGAAGCGUGAUGAUGACGAAUCUGUUGAUAAAGAGGUGGACGAAAAUGAAAACAGCGAAGAACAUGUGGAUAUAGAAGAACAUGAAAAUGAAGACAACGAUGAAAGGGAUGCAGUGAUUGAAUGUGACAACAACGGCGUUAUAGAGUGUGUAAAUGUAGAGGAUGAUGAUGAGGAAAACAAUUGCGAUGUUACUGGGAGGGAGAAAGGCUCAUUUUCAGCGGAACGGCGUUCGGCGAUCCACGAACAGAGCUUUCUGCCCAUGGUAUUUUCUCAAGACAGAAAUUCGUCUUUUGAUUACAAGGCCGCUAUGCAGGCGCUUAACGAGGCCAAGGUCAGUCAUGAUGACCCGCGAUUGAUUCGGCUGAUUCAGGAUUACUACAUCGAGCCUCCGUUUCUGGAGCCGUAUCAUCUUGAUAAACCGGAAAGACUUGACCCUUCAAGCGGACAGGCGCCUUUCAUCGACAGCAGGCUCAAUUAUAUGGAGGGAGGCUUCUACGUUGAAUGUGGAGCUUUGGAUGGGGAGGAGAGCUCAAACACUUUGUUUUUCGAAAAGGUCCGCAAAUGGAACGGACUGUUGAUUGAGGCCGAUCCAUCAAACUACCAGGCUUUGAAGUCCAAACAUCGAAAGGCUUUCACUAUCAAUGCCUGCUUGAGUAUUCAUCCCUACCCGGCCAUGGUGAAAUUCAACAAAGCGUUAAACAUGGGCCGCAUUGUAGACAACAGCGAAGCGAAAGCGUGGAUCGUUGCAAAUAGGAUGUCGCCGGACGAAGUAUCCGUUCAGUGCUUCCCCUUGUACUCGUUGCUGCUAGCGAUGAACCAGCUCACGGUGAAUUUCUUCAGCCUCGAUGUCGAGGGGGACGAACUUCGCGUUUUGCAGACAAUUCCUUUCGAUAAGGUGGACAUAAAAAUGAUGACGAUCGAAUACAUACAUGUGGUGGGAAAAGAAUUGAGUCUUAAGAAUUUCGUGGAACCACAGGGCUACGAUAUCAUUCUGCAGAUGUCGCGAUGGGAUUGGGGUGUUAAUGACCUCAUUGUUAGAAAGAAGGGCCUUAAGCAUUGGCCUUAAAGGUUGGGGUGUUAUGGGGAGAAUGGGGCUUUAUGGCCCUUAUUUUGUUUUGGGUCGGGGGCUCGGGUGUUAUUCGGGGGUUAGGGGCCGGUUUGUUAUUUUUGGAGUGGCAUUUGUAAGAAGGGUCUUCAUCAUUAGGGUUAAUGUAUUGGUUUGUGUGAUGUCUUACAACUCAUAUUUAGGAUUUUUAAUGGUGUAGAGUCAGUGAUUAAAUGAAGUAAUUGUUCUGUAUUCAUUAGAAUGGGAGGGGGUAAGUGGUUGAUUACUUUGAGGUAGUGAUGACAAAGAACUAGUCUUCAGGAGCAGACACAAAUCAUCAGCUUCAUGAAAGGCCGUAGGAAACUAGAUUGGAUGGGAGGAUAUAUGGGUCAACAAUAAAAGAAAGUCUAUGCCCUGGUGAUUCAUGUUUAUAUUCUUAAUGUAGUAUGAAUCGUGGGGACAAAAUAUUCCAUUCUUAAUGUUGAACAAAUUGUUGUUGUGACUCAACCAUGUAUUAUUCGUGUAGUAUGCAUCGUUGGUACAAAAUAUUCCAUUCUUAAUGUUGUACAAAUUGUUGAUGUGACUCAACCUUCCAUUCUUAAUAAGUAUACAUCGUGGGACAAAAUAUUCAAUGCUUAAUGCCGUACAAAUUGUUUUAUGACUCAACCUUCCAUUCUUAAUGAAGUUUACAUCGUGAGGACAAAAUAUUCCAUUCUUAAUGUUGAAUUAAUUGUUGUUGUGACUCAACCUUCCAUUCGUUACGUAGUAUGCAUCGCGGGGACUAAAUAUUCUAUUCUCUAUGUUUUACAAAUUGUCGAGACUCAACAUUCCAUUCUGAAUGUUGUAUAUAGUGCUGUGGUGACUCAAUUUUCCAUUCUUAAUGUUGUACUUAUUUAUGUGGUGACUCAACAUUUUACCCCAUUAUUUAUGUUGUUUUUAAUGUGGGGACUCAACAUUCCAUUCUUAAUUUUGUACUUCUUUCUGUUGCGACUCAACAUUCCAAUUCUAAUGUUGUAUUUAUUGCUGUGGUGACUGAACGUUCCAUUGUUUAUAUCGUAUUAAUUGCUGUAAAUAUAAGUGUCAUACGUUCCUAGAAACAUAAACCAUGU